AUGCAACAGGCCCUGGAAAGGGCUUUGGACCGUGCGGACUAUGUCAUCGCAGGCGCCCAGCAGAGGCCUCCAAAGAGGAGAGGCUCGUCGAGUGGGGAAGCAUCUCUCUACGAGAAGCUUUACGACAUCUAUGUGGAAGAAUGUGGGAGAGAGCCUGAGGCUCCGGAGGAGCUAAGAAGCAACGUGAACUUGCUAGAGAAGCUCGUGAGGAGAGAGUCGUUGCCGUGUUUAGUGGUCAACCUGCACCGGGGAGAGGGGGGAUAUUCGCUGAUGCUCCAGGGGAAAGACGGAGCGUAUUCGGAGACCGUCCGGCUGCCCUACGAAGAACGGGAAUUGCUCGAAUACCUGGAUGCUGAAGAACUACCUCCCGCUCUGCUGGACGUGCUGGAAAAAUCGGAGGUGAACCUCUUCCAGUGCGGGUGCGUCAUAGCGCAGGUGCGGGACUACAGGCAGUGCUGCGGUGGGGAACCUCCGGGCUACCAGAGCAGGCACAUUCUCCUGCGCCCGACCAUGCAGACGUUAGCGUGCGACGUGCAGUCCAUAACCAGCGAUGGCCAGGAAUGGACCCAGGAGGACAGACUGUCGCUUGAGAGCCAGCUGAUCUUGGCCACCGCUGAGCCCCUGUGCCUGGAUCCUUCUGUAGCAGUAGCCUGCACGGUGAACAGGCUGCUCUAUAACAAGCAAAAGAUGAACACUGGGCCGAUGAAAAGGAGCUUCAGGAGGUACUCUGCCUCCUCUGUGCAUCGGCAGCGGGAGCUGUCUGCUUGUCCCCCUCGUCCUGAGCUGACAGUGUGGGCCUCUUGCCGGAAACGCAGGGAGCGCCAAGACCGCCCGUGGUACGACCUCAAAAUUUCUAAGGCGGGGAGCUGCGUAGAUACGUGGAGGCGGAGACCCUGUGACUUGGCGGUGCCUUCGGAAGUGGAUGUGCAGAAAUAUGCCAGAGGGAGGAGGUCCGCCCAACCGGUCGUCUCACCUCCGGGAGUCUGGCCAGCCGGCGAGGUGAGGGACGGUGGUGCGUGUGUCCGCGAAGCCGGCCAGGAGCCUCAGAGCACGGAGCUGACCUUCCCGAAGUCGCCGCCGCCGAAUAAUCCACCUUCCUCUGGAGCGAGAAGGCCCUGGAAGGAAGACGGGUGGGAGGGACAGAUGUCUCCUCCGCACCCCUGCACAGAUGACCCUUCAGGCAGUGUCCCGCCGGAAUCAAAGACGGCUGCCGGCGGGGUGGUCACGGGGGCAGAGCUGGCCGUCCCGCAGAAGGCCAGCUGUACGGUCACCGGGUCGCACGGCUCAGGCGGCCUCAGUGGGCUUCCUCCCGGGAACGACCCAGAACAGCCUGACAUGGCGUCGGUUCGGUCUCCAGUCCAGGGGGAAGGCGUGGGACGGCCACCUCUGCGCAUCAGACUUCCCUGGAGCUCAGGAACGAGCCGGUCGGGGAACAGUUUUAUUCCACGGGAGGCGAGCAGCUUUCGUAAAUCUCCAUCUCCUGCUCCCGCUCCUAAGCCAAGUCCCUCCCAGCAAUCCCCCGUGGACGUGAAUCGAGGGAGCCCGCUUCCCGCAGCCAUCGUGUCCGCCGCCAGCGCCCCACAGAGGAGCCCGGCCAGCCGGGUCUUGGCCGGCUCCCAGCAGUCCUCUGUGAGCGUGACCGGAGUGGGCACGCUUCCUGCAGCCCCCGUGUCCAUGGCCAGCUCGUCCGUGAGAGCCCCGGCCACCCGGGUCCCGGCCAAGACCCAGAAAUCCUCUGUGGAAGUGAUUCGAGUGAGCGUGUUUCCUGCAGGCACUUUGCCCACCGCCAGCUCCUCACUGAGAGCCCCGGCCACCCAGGUCAUGGCCAAGUACCCGAAAUCCUCUGGGAAGCAGGGCCCUGGAGUCGGCAGGCUGCCUGCAACCACCCCGUCCGCCGCCGGCUCAUCGCAGAGCAGCCCGGCUGUCCAGGUCUCGGCCAGCUCCGCGGGCCACAGCCUCUUCCAAGUGGUGGCCCCUGGUUGCGCAGCGCGGGCUUUGGAGAGGGGCUCCGGCCCGGGGCAGGGCCCUCAGGCUGGGGCCAAGGCUCCUGUGGGGAUCCAGCCCCGCAGCCUGCCUUCAGGCGCUCGGCCCCCCAGUGUGGUGCCCGCUGCAGCGCGGAGUCCUCCGCGCAGCAGCCAGAGCGGCGGCUCUAUCACUUGA